UCACCUGUAGCCCGGCGGUGUAAUAGACACCUCCGCCGACUUGUAACGCUGAAGUAUGAGGAGUGUGCGUGAUGUUUAACGUCGUUCACCCGGGUAGGAAAUACGUUCCCACGCACUCUCCGGUCACGGAUGACUCUCCAUUAACCGUGCAGCCUGUUAAUAUCAAUCUAUCCCCCGGUACACAGAGCGAGGCACCGAAGGCUACUUGGCCGCCGUCGGGCGCUAAAAUGCGGAUCUCUAAGGCCAACAAGGGCGCGGUGGUUGUGAGAGCCGUCCGGCGGCACCCUCAGUCGGCCAGUCUGGAGGCGGCUUGGAGUGAGGGAGGGCACUCUGGGGGGAAGCCACCGGAGAAUUCACCCACCCACGAGGGGAGAAACGGCGAGCCAGGAGCCCGCAAGAACGGGAUGGAGGGUCACGGUGUGGGGCCAGCUCGCAGCAGGAAAAAGGGGUUCAGAGCCCCCCAUGUGAGGACCAUCUUCUCCCCCGGAGAGAGGGACCCCAGGGUGAAAGAGGAGUCCGGAGAGGGACACACCUUCGAGCCCGGUGGCGAGGACACCUGGUGUGAUGUUUGUUGCAACUACAUCUUCCAGCAUGGUCUCACCUGUACAGGUUGUAAGUACGCGUGUCACGCUGCCUGUCGGGACCGAGUGUCUCUGGACUGUCACCCUGCAGCCUCAGCCGUCAGCCAGGACCAGCUCAACAACAACACGCCGCCACACGAUGUGGAGAAGGAGAGAGAAUUGCGGACGGAGUUCACCAGGGAGGAAAUCAGACAGAAGAUCGAGCAGUACAACAUGCUGACCAAAGACCACCUUAAAAUGACACUUAAUCCUACUGGUGUGUAUACUGGUUUCAUCAAGGUCCAGAUGGAUCUGAGGAGGCCGGUGACAGUGCGGGGGGGUCAGAGAGGAGCGCGGGGGGAGGAGGCCUUCUAUCUGCCCAAAGGAGCCACCAACACCCUCCACAUCAGCUCCAUUAACACAGUCAAACAGGUGAUCGUCGCCCUGCUGAGCAAGUUCACAGUCGCAGACAACCCGGCCAAAUACGCCUUGUACAAACGCUAUCGCAGGGAGGAGCAGGUAUAUGUGUGUAAGCUGGCGGAUGGCGAGCAGCCGUUGUUUCUUCGUCUGGUGGCAGGACCCGAAGGCGACACACUCAGCUUCGUGCUGAAAGAGCAACAGACUGGCGAAGUCAUGUGGGAUGCAUUCUCGAUCCCCGAGCUGCGGAACUUCCUGCGGAUCCUCGACAAGGAGGAGGAUGAGCAGAAGGAGGCGGUGAUUCGGCGUUACCAGGCCUACCGCCAGAGACUGCUGCAGGCGCAGAGGGAGCUCAGAGGGCCCCCUUAGAGGAUCAACCUCAUGAGACAGGACUACUGCCCCCUAGAGGAUGGAGGAGGUGGAUCUUUUUUUUUUUUCUUUCACCACCUCAGAAGAGAAAAAUAGUGUAAAUUUUGAUGGAUAGAGGGAUGUGAACUUAAAAUUAGAAGAGAGGAUCCAACGCCUGGACGAAGUGAUGAUACAGACAGACAGAGGGAUGAUAGAAAGAAGACAUGAUAGAAAAUGAACUGACAGACGGCAAUCAAAGGUUGAACGGACAAAGACCGGAUGCUGGAGUUUGAUCCAGCCUGGAUUAAAGAAUUCAAACUGCUGCCUGCUCCCACCAGAGAGUCACUUCACUGUGCCAUAUUCAUUCAUCCUCUCUCCCUCCAUCCCUCCCUUAUCCUUUUUUCUCUCACUCUGUCCGGCUGUCACAUAAUUUAUCUGAUUCCUCUACCUUUCCCGUCUUUAUCCGUUUUAAACUUGUGAAAGACUCAAGGCCAUAUGUUGAGUCAGAGUUUUAUUUAAUUUUGUUUGUUUUUAAAGGUCUGUACAUAUACAUAUUUUUAAUUUAUAUGGGUGAAGCUUUCUAUUUUUUUGUUAUCUUGAAACAACAAAAAAAGUCUUAUUUUAAGUUGUUUUUUUUGUACAGAGGCGGAGCACCAAUCUGGUUGUUGACACAGACACGGAGAAUAGUUAAUUCAGAUACAAGGUGAUACAUUUAAUAUUAAUACACAAGGUGAGCAUCAGCUGUGGCUCCACGACAGGAACACCAGAUCCCUCAGAGAAGACCCUGGACGGAAAGAAGUCUUCAUCACAUUUGCGUUUUGCUUUAAAUACCCUGAAAGUUAAGAAAUAUUUCCGACGUGAGAAAGGAACAAGGAGCCUGAACGCAGGUAUGGAGUCUCAAGUGUGCCAAAUUGUGUUUUUAAUUAUUACUUUUUUUUUUAAAUUGUUUUGCUUAAUUUAUUAUUGCUUUUAAUAGAACAUAAAGAUGGCAAAAUAAACAACAAAAUAGCAGAACAGACAAGGUCACCAGGGACAACACGACUUUUAAAAUUAAUUUAGCUAACCAUUAUGAAUAAAGAAUCUAGGAGGGUUAUUUGGCUUUUGGUUUUAAAGGAACUUUUCAUUAUAAUUCUUCAGGAUGCAUAUUUGCCAUCGUCCAAUACAUAUCUUCAAAGCAAAUAAGCACCAAAACGCGUCAAAUCUCUUGACUUCUUUAGCAAUCAUUGUCCUGCUUUUAUAGUCAUUUACGUAUACAAUACAACUAUACAAUACUAUAACUAAAAUAUAUAUAUAUAUAUAUAUAUACACUUCCAUUUGAUUUUUUAUACAUAAUUAUAUUGCUAUAUCUUAAAUACUCAAUUAAGAAUUGUUAUAUUUCAUUAUUAUUUUGUAUUAUUUUUGGCACAUUUCAGACUCCAUAGUAGUCGGCCUGAACGUGGAUGUAGACGGAGGUACAGAGAAAUAAAAAGAGGUCCGGUUUCAUGUGACUGAUGAUGAUAAUCAAAGAGAAAAGGUUUCUACAGAAAGACAAAUGAAAGCGUCAAAUAGAAGCUUGUGAGCAAUGGAGAAAUGGAGCUUUGGUUGUAGAGAUUGUUUGUUUGUUUUGGUGAGUGAAGACGAGUGAGGAUGAUGAAGAUGAACUGGUGGGAGUUUGGAUGGACCCCUGACCCCUGUAUGGUCAGAGGAGGGAGGAGUGACAUUGACUGGUUUCUGGAAGUUGACUGAGUAGUUUAGAGGAAGUAGAAGAGAAACAAUAGAUGGAUGGAGGAAGGAAGGAAGGAAAAAACACAGACAUGGGAAAGACUGCCAUAGAAGCAGUGUGACCCCAACCUUGUAGGUGAGUGACCGGAUUUUCCUCGAACAAGUCACCGAGAUAAACCGCUUGUUCGCUUUUUGCAUUAAUGAAAGCUCCUGUAAUCCACCGCUGAGAGGAGAAGAGGCCUGUCAGGGCUGAUAGCUGCAGAAAACAGAGGAGGAUAAACGGAAGGAAAACGGUGUCUCCCGUCUAUCUGUCUGCGGGCAUUCAGUUAAAAACGUCUGUGUUUUUGUGCUCUUAUUUCAAGUUAAAAAACAUACAGCCUUGACUUUGUUGUCAACCGGCUGUUUCAGCUUUUUCUCUGGUGGAUUAAAUGAGAAAAUAUUAAAGAGGGAAAGAAAGAAAGAAAGAAAGAAAGGAUGGUAGUAUUAAGGAUAUGAAUGAAAGAUAUGCGUCAGCAAGUGUAAAAGAAGGUAUAAAGGUUUAUGCGUUUUUGUGCAGUAAGGGUUCAUCAAAGUAACUAAAUAGCUGCCUUAAAUAUAUAUAUAUAUAUAUAUAUAUAUAUGCUAUGUUGUCUUACAUAUAUGCAAUGUAUCAUUUAUGGCUUAGAGACCAAAGAGGCUUUUUUUUCUCAAUGUAGUUUUGAAGAAACUUUUUUUUUUUUUAUUGCUUUUUGAAUCAGCAGUAACUCAGAUAUAUGAGGAAACUGACAAGCAGAGAUAAAUCACAGAGACUAUUAUUUGGACAAACUACAAAUCAGAUUAAAAUCUAUCAGUAGUCAUUAAAGAUGUAAAUAGCUUCAUUGUUUGAGCUGCAGGUACUGAAUGAAGUACAAUAGCACCAUCCAGUGGACAAAUACUGCUACUGUUCUCUCAUUUCUGUGUCAAACUGUCUUAUAGAUUUAUUUUUUUGUCAUAACCAAAGGUAUUUUGUGGUGUUGCCUGGAGCAAAAAUAUUAGAGCCUUCUUCCUACUGAAGGGAAAAACACAUAGUUUAGAGUUUUUAUUUAAAGGGUUUUAACCUUCGUUUAUGCUACUAUCAAACACUGGGUUAAUGCUAUGGAAGCAAAUAAAAUAAAUUAAAAAAAAAAGGUCAGAAUAAUUUGAAUCUUACAAGCAGCUGAAUGUCUAAUGUGGUUUUUAAUUCCCCUUCUUUGACAUUCCCAGCCAGUCAUUUCAAGUGAUACACUGUAAAAACUUAAUUUUAGGCUUUACAAAUUCAGAAAAAACACAAUAUUAAAGUUCAAAUUUAAUUCGUCAUUUUCCGGAUCUAAAAAUGAAAGUCAAGUCAUAAAAUCAAGUCUCUUAAAGGGGUCUGUAUCAGACACCGAAAUUGAAACU